CCUUUGCUUAGAGAACAGUGCAACGGUGAGAGUGGAUCACUUAGUGACAACAUUAGUCGAGGAAAGAUUCCCUCAUCGGAAAACUGGUACUAAUGGGAAGGGCCAUCAGUCUCACACUUGAUUGUGACUGUAUCAACAUUUUGCCUUACCUCUAUCACAGAGUUAACCAUCAGGAAACAUUGGCUCAGUUCAAUCGUUCCCUGGCCACAGAACCAGGAGCCUCUGGGCCCACGAGGCGACGUAUGGGCUCUAUCUCUACACGGCGUAGCUCCAAAGACCAGGCCCACCACAGGCCACUGCACCUCAGGGGUGUGACGGGCCCCUCAUCUGAGUCAUCUUUCCUGAGCCCCAAUGUGACCAAUUCUCACGUUUCCAUUGGUAAGCGGUUCUCCUUUGGGGGAUGGCAGCAGGGAGGCAGAGUGAGCUUUUCUGGACUGUACCUCCACCAACCCAUCCGGGAGAUCUAUAUGGAGAACACCUACAGAAUGGGACCAGAACCAGGGAGCCACUUCAGUGCCAGCAGAACUCAGCAGAUCCUAAAGGCUACAUUGGACAGUUAUUUGGAUGGCAUAUGCUACAAUCCUGAAAGUAGUAGCCAGCUCUGUCAAAUGUUGGCAGAUCUAGUGCUUAGUAAGCUGAAAGAUGACAACCCGCCCCGCUAUAAACUUGUGUGUCAGGUAGUGGUUGGGCAGAGCAGUAAACAAGGAAUAAGGAUUGCCAGCCGUAGCUUGAUCAACUCCAACACUGACAGCUACACAUCUGCUGUUUUCCAAAACCACUCAAUAUUUGCUGUGGCUAUAGUACAUGGUGUGUAUUGUGAAUGAGGGUACUAAUAACCACCAAUCAAAAUCCAUAAUUAGGUUUUCAACACAUUUAAACAAUGAUUUUCUAUGAUUUUUACAGUUGUUCAUGAUAACUGGAUAUUCAUUUAAAAAAUUUUUUUAUAAAGAUUGCACACAAAAAGCUUUCUAGACAGUAUAUAUAUAUAUAUAUAUAUAUACACACAGUGCUGGUAGUAGUGAAUUACAUGUAAUCUGGAUUAUGUAAUCAGAUUACAAAAAUCAAGUACUCAAUUAAAUUAAAUUACAUUUUAAUAUACUCACAUUUAGAUUAGUUACUUUUUUUAAUAGAUUACAUAUUAAUUUAUUGAUCGCUCUAAUUCUUCUUUUUUCAAUUUUUUUGCAUACAGCUGAUAAAUGUUUAUUAAGUCUUUAAGUGUUUUCGAAUGGAGUGGAAUUGCACACACAGACCUGAUACUAGCCAUCAGCCAUAAUUCAGGGUUGCUGCAGAGUUUUUAAAGUCAAAUUUAAGACUUUAAGAUCUUUUUUCAGUCCUGAACAAAUAAAAAUAAAAUUGCAUGUCCAUACCACAACCAACACAAACUCAAAAUAAUUUAUCACAUAUUAUUUUACUUAAACAGGCUGAGGCACACAUUCAACACAGCCUUCCCACCUUAUCAGCAUAACAGAGUAUCUGCAAGUUUAAAAUCCUCUGCAAAUUAGAGGUCGACCAAUAUUGGAUUGUGCGGAUGCGGUUAUGUUUUGAAAUAAAUACAUUUACAGUAAUUCGCUUUUGUGACAAAUUCUGAGAUGUUUAUUCACAGAUAACUGAUCUGAUCGGUUACCACACAUGGAUGCUGUUUGUUAUGCCAAAAUCAAAGUGAGAACAUUUUAAGUGCCUAUUUAUCUAUAUUUUGAUCCAUUAAGCUUUAUUUUUUAUACAUUUAAGCAACUACAUGUCUAAAUGGUACACACUUAGACUAAAAUGCAACAAAAAUCAGGUUAGUAAUUCAAAAGCAUUCAGAUUAGAUUGCUUUAAAAAUGUGAUCCAAGAGAUUACAUUACUGACUACAGUUUAAGUAAUGUGGUACUGUUACAAGUUACAAUUCAGAAGCAAUCUACCCAGAACUGUGUAUACAGUAUACUUUGUAAAGAGCAGAUCACUAGAAAAAAAAAUUAUAUUCACUUUUCAAAUUUCAAUGUCUCUGAUUUUUUUCCAUGACUUUCCAAGUCACUCAUGAUUACUUUAGAAUGAUUUUGAAAAAGCUGAUAACUACAAAAACAUAGAAAAUUCCAUGACU